UAGGAAACUCAAUGUAAAAUUCUAAGCUGUUAAAUUCCUGCUUCCCUAAUUAUUUUACAUCAAAAGUCAUCAGAAACUAUUUGUAGAGAAUUGAAUUCUCUAUUGAAAACAACUGUUAAUAUUGUUCUAUGAACAAUAAUUAUUCAAAAUUUUGUAAAAAUAUAAUACACUUUUCAGAGUAAUACGCCAAAGCUAGGCCACACACAAUACAAUAAUGUGUAUAAGAUUGCAUUUGUUGACAAUGAAUUUAUUAUAUUAACAAUUAGAACUGUCAAUUUUUUUAAUUAUUUUAUCAUUUUUUGUUUAAAACACAAUAAAGUUGAUAAGAUACCCUUAGUUAAGGAGAAAAUAUUAAUAAUAAAGAUAUUUUCUUCAGUCAAUAAUGUGCUCACUGUCAGUUAAAUAGUAACGUGUGGCCUAACAUACCCACACAUACCUACUGCGGUAAAUACAUUAUAUUUUUCAAAAUUUUGGAAUGUGUUUAAAUCGUAGAACAAUUGUAACUUCUGUUUUUAAUACAGAUUUCAAUCCUCUACAAAUAACUUCUCAUGACUUUUGAUGUAACAUAAUUAGGGAAGCAGGAAUUCAACAGUUUAGAAUUUUACAUUGAGUUUCCUAUGGCCCGUUUUCCGAUUCACCACCCGGUAUGUCUGACUACACAGUUUCUGUUUUUGAAUGUGAAAAUGGUACCCCAAAGAAUAUGCUCGACAAUGAUGAACAACAAAACAAACAAGAAUAUGAAACAAACGUUUCAGAGAUGGACAAUGAGUUUUUUUGUAAAAAAUCAAGAAUCUUCAAGUACACUAGGUGAUAAGAAUAUAGCUGUUCCUGGAGUUUCUAAGUCAACAAGUUCUUCAUCAUCUUCAAGCAGCUGUUGUAGUAGGUGUUCUAGUAGGUCUUCCAGUAGUAGUAGCUCUUCUUCGUCCUCUGAAGAUUGUGAAGACAUAAUUAACGAUCAUAACUAUGUACCAAAGAGUGAUGAAGAAUCAGAAGAGUGUGAUAAAGAAAACCACGACGACGGUAAUAAUGAGCCUAAUCAAACCUUAUCAGCAAACCAAGACAUUCCUAUUCUUGUUACACCCCCAAAGAAAGGCAAGAAACGUCAACGGAAUACUAAAAACUGGAAGAGAAAUCUUACAAAAAAAAAAUGAGAAGUUGUGGUGAAGCCUACCAAACUCAUUCAAAAAACAAAAAGAUGAGACAAAAAAGACAAGUAAGGUAUCCGUGCAAAGAUUGUAAACUCAAGUGUCCAUCUAAAUUUACCGAAGAGGAGGGAAUACAGAUUUUUUUAAGCUAUUGGUCACUCGGUGAAUUUCAAAAACAGAGAGAGUAUAUUAACAAACUGUUGGUACCAGUUGUACCCCAAUAUCGGUAUAUUCGUGUCGGAGGUACAAGAAAACCCAGAGACAAAAACAACGCAUACUAUUUUGUAAAAGAAGGUAAGUAGAUUCGAGUUUGCAAAGUAUUUUUUGCAAAUACUUUGGACAUACCUGAUCGCAUAAUAAGAACUGUGCAAGAAAAACGGAAUAAAGUUUUAGAGGUCCUCCUUGAUUCGGACAAAUGUGGAAGACACGGAAACCAGAAAUCGCUAAAUCCAGAAAUUCGGGAAGAUAUUAGACAGCACAUAACAUCAAUCCCAAGAAUUGAAAGUUAUUACUCGCGCCAAUACAUCCCGAAUAUUUAUUGAUGGUAGCCGCUCAUUGGCAGAUAUUCAUAGAGACUAUAUUGAAAUCUGUAAACAAAGAAAUAGACCUUUUGCAAGUUACGCAAUUUUCCAUGAAGUUUUUGUCAAAGAAUUUAAUAUUUCUUUCUUUACACCCAAGAAAGACCUUUGCGAAACAUGCGUAUUUUCAUUAAAAUAUCUAAGCCAAAAUAUUUUAUUAAUGUUUCUUGAACUGUAUUUUUAUUUGUAGUUUUCUUAUUUUGUAACUUCUUGUUUUUAACAAGUUGACAUAUUAAAAUUAUUUGCCAAAAA